UGCGCUCCUCUCUCUCUCUCUCUCUCUCGCGUAUAUCUAUAUUACAGUACUAAAGUUUUUUUCAGCAUCUAAAUACUUUUAGAGAGAGAGUGUGUGUGUGUAUAGGAGACAAAUCAGUAUGAGGGAUUCGGUAUUGGAUCUAUUUGACCCGAGAACGGCAGUGAUGGACUCGGAUAAUUCGUCGCCUACCGCUUCACCUAACCCGGACUUCGCGUUUGCCUUCAACGACAGCAACUUCUCGGACCGGGUCCUCCGGAUCGAGAUCGUAUCGGAUUCGCUCGAGACCCGACCCGAAUCCCAGGCUUGCCAUACCGUCACCGACUGGGCAUGCAAGACCAAGCGUCAAAGAGGCGACAUCGCCAAGAAGGAAAAUGACAUGUGCCACUCGUUUUCAGCUUUGGACAUCAACAUUCACCCUGAAGAGCAGAUUCUAGACAGCCAGCAGCCUGAUAUUGAUGAUGGUGUGGGUGAUGAAAAUCAUGAUGAAGAAGAAAUUCCAAUGAUAGAAGAAUUACCCUUAGAAACUUGUGCAGGAGAUGAUGCUGCAAAUAGCGAUGAUUCAAAUGGAUCUGAGGAUAGUUCUGGAGUUAUAAGAGUUAAAACGUUACAUAUCAGCUCUCCUAUUUUAGCAGCAAAGAGCCCAUUCUUUUAUAAGCUUUUCUCAAAUGGGAUGAUGGAGUCAGAGCAGAGACAUGUAACCCUAAGAAUUAACGCCUUGGAGGAAGCUGCUCUCAUGGAGCUACUGAAUUUUAUGUAUAGCAAUACAUUAACUGCAACAACAGCUCCGGCGUUGUUGGAUGUGCUUAUGGCUGCUGAUAAAUUUGAGGUAGCUUCAUGCAUGAGGCACUGCAGCCGCAUGUUGCGAAACUUGCCUAUGACUCCUGAGUCUGCAUUAUUAUAUCUGGACCUUCCCUCUAGCGUCCUAAUGGCUGAGGCAGUUCAGCCAUUGACUGAUGCAGCAAAACAGUUCUUGGCUGCCCGUUACAAAGACAUAUCCAAGUUCCAAGACGAGGUUAUGAAUUUGCCUCUGGCUGGAAUUGAGGCAAUCUUGUCUAGCGAUGAUCUCCAAGUGGCAUCGGAGGAUGCAGUAUAUGACUUUGCCUUGAAGUGGACCCGGGCUCAUUAUCAAAAGCUGGAGGAACGGCAAGAAAUUCUUGCUACACGUUUGGGCCGCCAUAUUCGCUUCCCUUACAUGGCUUGCCGGAAGCUAAAGAAGGUUCUGGUUUGCAGUGACUUCGAUCAUGAUUUUGCAUCCAAAAUUGUGCUUGAGGCCCUAUUUUUCAAGGCUGAGGCCCCACAUCGUCAGCGAAUGAUGGCCAUAGAGGAGGCAACAACUACAAGCCGCUGCUUUGUUGAGAGGGCCUACAAAUAUCGACCUGUUAAGGUAAUUGAGUUUGAACUCCCACGCCAACAGUGCAUAGUCUACCUGGAUCUUAAGCGGGAAGAGUGUGUGAAUUUGUUUCCAUCUGGACGAGUUUAUUCUCAGGCUUUCCACUUGGGUGGACAAGGGUUUUUCUUGUCUGCACAUUGUAAUAUGGAUCAACAGAGCUCUUUCCAUUGCUUUGGUCUCUUUCUUGGAAUGCAAGAAAAAGGUUCGGUAACGUUUGCUGUUGACUACGAAUUUGCAGCCAGAUCGAAACCCACAGAGGAAUAUAUUAGCAAAUAUAAAGGCAAUUACACUUUUACCGGAGGAAAGGCAGUUGGCUAUCGCAACUUGUUUAGCAUACCAUGGACUUCUUUCAUGGCCGAGGACAGCCUCUAUUUCAUUAAUGGCAUACUGCACCUUAGGGCCGAGCUUACCAUCAAGCGCUGAAAUUCCAGACUUAGAACUUCCAAAAAUUCUUACUAUUUACUUUUAGCAUGCUCCGGGAGAUGUUUUACUUUUGCUCAUAAAAGCGAAAAGGUAACUCUGAGGUGCCCGGACCAACUUCCAUUCGGAUCAAACUCGAAAAACUAUUUGAUUUCUUGCUUUCAUCUGGGUCCUGUGGUUAAUUUGCGCAUUGGAGUAAUUCCUAUGACGCUGUAGAAAAAUGCAACUCAGUACCCAAAAUCAGAACAAAUGUUGUAAAUAUGUUGUUAAAACGGGUCUUCCUUUUUAGUUGUGCCUUUUUUUCUUGGGAGAAGUUGCAAAAUGGCCAUUUCUUUUUCGUCCCGUUGAUUCGGGGUAAUUUUUAGAAAGGCUGGAAAAUUGUUUCCUUUUUCCACAAUGGCCUCUUUUAUCAAAAAUACUAUUUUGCCCUUACUAAAGUUAUUUGUAAGAUGUAUCUUAUAUCUUUAAGGAUUUA